UUACAUUUAGCAUCAGUAUUGUGAACGCGUGUUGUGUUAUUGGAAUAUACAUUUUAGUAUAAAAAUUACCUAUUACUUCCUCUCUUCAAAAUAAAUAUUUUUAAUUUUUUUGCAUAAACAAAAAAUUAACAAUCGAAAUAAUUUAAUUUUUAUAACAACAAUUAAAUCAAAAAAUUAACAAAACAUGAACGGUGACACAACAACAACAACUGUAUCCACAAAUGGAACCACAAAUGGCAUAUGUGAAAGACGUAAUGUGGCUAAAAAAUUACCACCAUUAUCGUCAAAUCGUAAAGUAAGUUGGUCAGAAAAUAUUGAUGAUGAUCAAAUUGAAGUAUUGGGAACACCUAGAACACCAAGAACUACGACAACACCAGGUCAUGAAAAUUGUACAUUUCACCACGAUUUAGAACUGGAUCAUCGGCCACCAACCAGAGAAGCACUAUUACCUGAAAUGUCACGAUCAUACAAAUUAUUAUUAAGUUCACUUGGUGAAGAUCCCGAACGUCAAGGUUUAUUAAAAACCCCUGAACGAGCAGCCAAAGCAAUGUUAUUCUUCACAAAAGGAUACGACCAAAGUUUAGAAGAGGUAUUAAACGAUGCUGUAUUCGAUGAAGAUCACGACGAAAUGGUUGUAGUUAAAGAUAUUGAAAUGUUUUCGAUGUGUGAACAUCAUUUAGUACCGUUCUAUGGUAAAGUUUCAAUUGGUUAUUUACCAUGUAAGAAAAUUUUGGGAUUAAGCAAAUUAGCAAGAAUUGUCGAAAUAUAUUCACGGCGUCUCCAAGUACAAGAACGUUUAACAAAACAAAUCGCGCUUGCAGUUACCAAAGCAGUAGCACCUGCAGGAGUAGCUGUUGUAGUUGAAGGAGUGCAUAUGUGUAUGGUGAUGCGAGGCGUUCAAAAAAUUAACAGUAAAACAGUAACCUCAACAAUGUUGGGUGUAUUCCGUGACGAUCCUAAAACACGAGAAGAAUUCUUAAAUCUCGUUCAAUCUAAGUAAACUAUGAACAAUCAUAAAAUACAACAAUAAAAAAAGGCUAUAAAAUCAAAUGAAAUAAUCCUAUAAAUUAAUCA